AUGUUCGUUUUCUUGUUCGGUCCACUCAUUCCACUCAUCAAUACAGCUCCACCAAUUGGUCGAACAUCGGCAAUUGUUCAGCUAACUGAAGAGAAAUGGUCUCAAUUGGAAGGAUAUGGAAUGGUCAGUGAAAUGGCGAUGAGUGGCGAUUCGACCAAACAAAUCCAAUAUAUUGCACCACAAGGCCAAAAACUUCAACUGACAAUAAUCACCACAUCUGAUGGAGUCUGUACACCGAAUUGUAUCAAUGGCGGGAUUCGGGUCGAUAUUCACGGGAGGAGUCAAUUAAUUUGUUGUGGCAAUGAGAACUCUCAACCUGUAAUCAUUUCCGAUGGAUCAACAAUGACUGUCUCUAGAGAAACCCACCUCGAAAACUUCAUCGGAUCGUGGAAUCUCGAGUAUUUCGUUGAACUUAAAGAU